AUGACCGUUAAAUUAAUUGUUUAUUUUCAACUUAUUUGGAUUUUAACUUUUAUACAAUAUUCCAGCAGCUUGAACCUCGGCCUUUUAUCUGGUGAUUUCAGACGAAAUUCGAAUCCUUUGAUAAUAAAGAAAAAUUCUCACCAUGCCCCUGUCACUAUCAAUAUAAAGCCUGGAGUGUCAAGACCACUUAAGUUACCCACGUCUUUACCCUCACUCAAACUCUCUUCCAAAUCGCCGGUAAUGAAAGCAAAACUUAAAUCACGUAUAAAAUCAGCAAUACGGUCUAAAAAAUUGCGUAAACUACCCAGGUUACCUAAAUUACCUCUCUUACCUUUAAUACCAAUACCGAGAUUACCGAAAUUACCCUUGUUACCAAUUUUGCCUAUUUUACCACCCAAAUUACCUAGUCUGACUAAAUUAAUGAGGCCUCUUCGUAUUCCAAUAUUAAGUAAAAUAAAGUUACAAAAAGCUUUAGGCUCGGAGUUAAAACCAGUAAAAGUUCCUGCACCAAAACCAAAAACAAAGAGGCACAUCUUGGAAAAAUUAUUGAAAUUAAAAAAAUCUGGAUCUUUGACCACACCAGAAUUUUUACGAUUUAAGAAACUUUUACUA